UAAAAACAUUAAACAAGACGUAGCUGUCGAAUAAAUUAUAAUAAUUGACAGAGCGGGCGAUAAAUUAAGCAGCAAAAAAUGCCGAACAUUGUCGCACUAAAGCUGAGCGCCAGCUAUCCGCUGAUGGCGGGCCACAAGGACGAGGGCAAUAUCCUUGCGCUGGACCAAUUGGCGCUGCAGCAACAAAUCAGUGCGAACUUCAUUUUCCAUGCGAUCUCGAACUACAAGAAAACGCCAUCCGAGCGAAAAACGCUGGACUUCAUUGCCAAAAAAUGGCUGCACAUCCAGAUGCUGUGGCGCGAGUUUCGGCUGAGGGAUAAGCAAAUACGGCGGCGUGGCCACAAGGAUGCGCGCGUUCUGGAGCACGGCUACUUCCAGCAGGAGCUCUUCGAGCUGGUCCACGAAAAGUAUAUGCUUGUCCGUGGAUUCCUGAGUCGUGACAAAAGAAAUCUGCUCGCUGGUCAGCCAGCGACACGGCCAUAAUGUUUAUUCAGACGACAGUCGACGGCGACAAGGCGGCGCAAGACCGCUUCAUACAAAAGCGAAAAGGAGCCGGCAGGAAAAGGAUGAGCCAAAAAGGAUACGGCGACACGUGAAAACUUAUUCCCCUGAAAAAACACCAUUCGAGUGUGUGUGUGUGGCCUGCACUGAGUCAACAGUUCGAUUCCGGCUCUGAGAUGAUAUCCGUCAACAGCGAUUCCAUUUCCAUUCCCCAAUGCCAAUUCGAAUCCGAAUCCGAGUCCGUGUCCCAAUACCAAUCCCAAUCCAAUGGGCAAUCAAUCUGACUGGACUCUGGACGCCAUCUAUGCCCAAUCCCAAUGAUUGAUUGCACUCGGCAAUGAUUACCACAAUUAUUAUGAUUUGCCAAAAGGUUAUACAAGUCACGCUGAUGACGCCGAUUGGGGCCAAAGGCACUUUAACCGCA